UUCUCCUCUAUUCGCGUUUUGUUUUUUGCAGUGUGUAGUUCCUAGCUUUACAUUGUACGGACGGUAAAUCAGUUCGAUUUUCAACCUACGAUACUUUUCUCUACUCGCCAAAAACCAUCUGCAAUGGAGUUCAACUUCGAAGGGAAGACCGUUUUAGUCACAGGAGCUGGCCAAGGUAUUGGAAAAGGUAUCUGCAUGAAACUCGCCAAGUGCGGAGCUCAAGUCAUUGCCGUCUCGAACUUAACAAGUCAGCUAGACGACUUAAAGGCGGAAGUACCGUCAAUCAGACCAAUCCAGGUUGAUCUGGAUAACUGGAACGAGACGAGGGAAAAGCUCAAGGACGUUGGACCAGUAGAUGGUUUGGUCAACAAUGCAGGCGUCGCAUUCAUCAAUUCUUUCUUUGACAUCACCGAGAACGAUUUCGACAGGUCUUUCAAUGUCAAUGUUAAGGCUGUAAUCAAUGUUUCUCAAAUGGUUGCAAAAGGCAUGGUGGAGCGAAAGAAGGGUGCCAUAGUGAACGUCUCAUCCCAAUCAUCGAUGAAAGGUCACGAGGAUCACACAGUGUACUGCGGAACAAAAGCAGCAGUGGACGGUGUGACACGUGUUAUGGCCCUGGAGCUCGGUAAACACAACGUCCGCGUCAACUGCGUCAACCCUACUGUUGUGCUCACCCCCAUGGGGCGCAACUGGUGGGGCGAGCCCAGCCGAGGAGAACCAAUGCUGUCCAGGAUCCCAUUAGGACGAUUUGCAGAGGUUGAAGAGGUUGUCAAUACCAUUUUAUUCCUUCUGAGUGACUCUGCCAGCAUGAUCAACGGAGUAACGCUCUUAGUUGAUGGUGGUCACGUGGCUGCACCCCAUCGAUGCACAAAAUAAGCGUGUAAGCAGCUUCUACGAUCCGAAUGUUGAAAAUCUCGUUAAGCCAAAAAAAAGAAAUUCAUCAUUUUUAGCGUUGAUUUAUUUUAAUUCUUGGAUAUUCGCCCAUCUUUAGACGCUAUGGGUUUCUUUUCACUUCAGUUGUAAAGUAGGCGUUUUAUUUAUUGUGUGCCUAGUAUUACUACAUACCUUCUUGUAUUAUAUUUUUGUUUUUCCUUUGUAUUCUUAAGACUGCAUUUGUAAAUACAUGUUUCUUCAGCAGAA